AUGGGGAAGAUUUCUAAAAUUCAAAUUGCUAAAAUUGGUCGGAAAGGGUUCAACAUUCGCAAAGCACUGGCUGAUAUGGUUACCGAAUUUCUGGAAAUUAUUUGCCAUACUGUGCUUUUCAAUUUUGGUAGUUAUGCAGCUGAGACGUUUAGUACAGCCAGCUAUGGAGAUAUCCUUAUCCAUAAAUGCCAAGUGAAAGAAGUAUUGGAUUAUAUAAGUAAUGCGCUGCAAACAGUUCAUCGAUGGAUAAAGUUCGAUGUGCUAUCCCAUUUUGCAGCGUGUGUCCUUGAUAAAGACAACAGAGUGGUAAUGGAAGUCGUAAUAAUCAUUAUGGAUACGCAGUACUCUCACCUUAGAGACGUACUGACAAAUGAAGCAGCUGAUAUGAAACGACAAUUCCAACAAACAAUUUUUACAUUACAACGUGGAUCAUAUAUCGAGAAUAUGAAGAAUGCUUUCCGACACGAAGAAGUACGCUUCGAAUUACAUACAAAACUUAGAGGUAACUGCGAAAAGAAACUGCAAAAACGAGUUGGAGAGUUUAAGUGGGAAAAAUGUGACCAUCAUGUCCCUCAAAAUCUACAUCCUUGCGGCAGACGAAUUGACAGCAAACUGAUUGAGAUCGUUGCAAUGGUACGUCAAACAGACGAAAUGUAG